CCGUGGCCACACAGGCAUUGGUGGAUCCUAUCCCAGACAUACCCUGUCCCAGGAGGUCACACCUGUUCACCCUCUGGGUGGCUCUGGGGCUGCUGGUGGUGGGAUGCCUCCCUUCUGGGUUCCAACAGGCUGCGUCCCCUGAGGUGCCCAGGGGUCUUGCGGCCCCAGCUGAACCCCCUUCCUCCUGCCAGUAGCCAGCUUCAGACCUCCAGGUUCCUGGUUCACCAUGGACCUGAUGAAGAAUGCAAGGCGAUGGAAGCUGCCUGCAGCACUGGACAUGUACAAGAGUAUGUACCAGAAAGACUUUUGCUGGCACAACACCUACGAGCCACCCAACCAGGAGAACGUACCGAUAACUUCAUACCAUCCUACUUCAGAUGGCUACGUACCAAGGUGCUACCUACCCAAGUCCGAGCCUCCCAUCCGAGCGACACCGGGUCGGUCAGGGAAACUGGAGAUCCUCUCUGAGCCACAGGAAGGGCUGCUCUGUUGUUGCCGGGAUCUCCCACCUCCUGCUCCAGCAGCCGAAACAGAAGGGACGAUGCUGCACAGGGAGAAAGUGUCCCCAGGCAUGGUCUCCUACGUGCAAUUCACCCAGGAUUUGUACCGGGAAAGGCUGGACAAUGCUGAUCAAUACAAAAACAAGAUCCUGGGCUCAUCUAUUGUGAUGGAAGACUGCUCUGUACCUGACUGGAGAAGUACCUACCAGCUGGAUUUCCCACGCCGGAGAGGAGUCCAUGGUGGAUUAUACACAGAGCAGACGAGGCCUUCUCCCGUUUUCCCUGCAGACAGCCGCCUCAACCAGGGCCGCUGGGUAUCUGAGUAUGCAGACAGCUACAGUGUUUUCUUGAAGAAGCUGGACUGGUCCACUCCAAUCCCUUGUCCAUGGAUGCUGUCUGGGAAGGAUAUGCGAUGGAGACCGCGAUGCACACCACGAUGCCCUGAGUGGUGCUAAGGUGACCAUGCUCUUUGGCCCUCCAAGCUGCCUGUAAUAUUACUCAUCCAAGACCCUGAAAGCCUGGAAACCUCCUCUCUUCCAAACCAUGUCUAUCAGAUGUGAAACGUAUGGCAAAAACCUCUUUAAGUGCAAAUUAUCAUUAAAAUCUCCCAAGAACCUCAA